AUGAGUUCGCACGGUCUUACUGUUGGUUUCCUGCAGGAAAUAAUGCAGGGUAAUGAGCUACCAAACCCGGUGGUGCAGAUUCUUGGCAUGAAGCGCAUUGCCGGUACCGGCGAACAGUCAGAACGCUUUCGGCUGCUCAUUUCAGACAGCAAGUAUCUGUACAGUUACGCCAUGCUGGGCACGCAGUUAAACGACCUGUACAAGCAGGACAAGCUAACGGAUAACAGCAUCAUCCGGAUCGAUCGCUACACCACUUCGGUUCUGAACGAAAAGAAGCGCGUGUUGAUCAUCGUCGAACUGACUGUCCUGAAGGAGGGAGCUCUGGUAGGCGAGAAGAUCGGCGAUCCGCAACCCAUGACGUAUCCUCCGGGACAGGCUGGUAGUGGUGGUCAAGAAAAUUCCCGCGCUACAAGCACAAAUACAUCAGCUGGUGGUGGCACCAUCAGUAACGGAUCGGCGUAUGGUGCAACCAGGUCCACCGCUUCCUCGGGAGGUGCUUCGGUCAAUUCGUCUGCUGCUACCAUGUCAUUAAACGACUCACUCACCCAUCCCAUCUCAUCGCUCAGCCCGUACCAAAACAAAUGGGUAAUCAAGGUACGCGUGAUGUCCAAAUCGGGCAUUCGUACCUGGAGCAACGCGAAGGGCGAAGGAAAGCUGUUCAGCAUGGACGUAAUGGACGAGACCGGCGAGAUUCGCAUCACCGCGUUCAAGGAGCAGUGCGACCGUUUCUACGAGAUGAUCGAACCCGACAAGGUAUACUUCAUCUCGAAGUGCCAGAUGAAGCCGGCCAACAAGCAGUACAGCAGCUUGAAGAACGACUACGAGAUGACGAUGACGAACGACACGGUCAUCCAGGAGUGCAAGGAUGUUGACGGUUCGAUGCCGGAGAUUCAGUAUAACUUUGUACCAAUCUCGCAAAUCGCCAAUAUGGAACCGAACGCCAUGGUUGACGUGAUCGGCAUGUGCAAGGAUGCGGGCGACGUAACGCGUUUCACCGCUAAAACAUCCGGCCGGGAGUUGCGUAAGCGGGAACUUACGCUUGUCGACUCCAGCAGUGCAUCCGUGCAGCUCACGCUGUGGGGUGACGAUGCGGAAAACUUCCCGGCCUCCGCAAACCCAGUCGUGCUGAUAAAGGGAGGUCGGGUGUCCGAGUUCGGUGGCGGAAAAACGCUUGGGCUAAUCGGUGGCAGCGUUAUGAAGCUCAACCCGGACAUGGAGGUGGCGCACAAGGUGCGCGGAUGGUUUGAAAACGGUGGCAGCUCGGCUUCCAUUAGCAGCGUUUCGGCUCGCACGGGCGGCGGGGGAGGAUUCAAUACCGAGUGGAUGUCGUUCCAGGAGGCUAAGGAUCGGAACCUCGGAGCCGGCGACAAGCCGGACUACUUCCAGGUGAAGGCCAUGAUCCAUACGAUCAAAAUGACCAACGCGGUCUAUAAGGCAUGCCCGCAGGCGGACUGCAACAAGAAAGUGAUCGAUCAAGAGAAUGGACAGUUCCGUUGCGAAAAGUGUAACGCCGAGUUCCCCAACUUCAAGUAUCGGCUGCUGGUGAACAUGUUGAUCGGGGACUGGACCUCGAAUCGCUGGAUAACCGUCUUCACCGAGCUGGCGGAAGAGAUGUUCGGCAAAACGUCGCAGGAAAUUGGCAGCAGCUUUGAGUACCAAAAGCAGGAAGCGGAACGGUUUUUCGGUUCGUUCAGCUUCAAAUCGUUCGUUUUUAAACUACGCACCAAGGUGGAAUAUUUUGGCGAACAGCCCCGCAACAAAUCGUCGGCCGUCAGCGCGGCUCCAGUGAACCACAAGGAGUACAAUGCACUGCUAAUCAAGGAUAUUCAGGAGCUCACUGGCGUAGGAAAGAACUAAAGUGUGCCCAUUCGUUUUGAGGAACGCUUU